AUGUCGCACCUCACGUCCUCGACGCCGCGAAAUCCGCCGGCGGUGAUGAACACCAUCCUCGAGAACAUCGGCAACACGCCACUCGUCCGCCUCAAUCGCAUCCCGCAAUCCGUCGGCAUCGAGUGUAACGUCUACGCGAAAUGCGAGUUCUUCAACGCGGGAGGCAGUGUCAAGGACCGCAUUGCUCUGCGAAUGGUUGAGGCCGCCGAGAAAGAGGGCAAGAUCAAGCCGGGACACAGCGUUCUUAUUGAGCCAACCAGUGGAAACACGGGCAUUGGAUUGGCUCUUGUGGGAGCUGUCAAGGGAUACAGGACCAUUAUCACGCUUCCAGAGAAGAUGAGCAGUGAGAAGGUUAGUGUCUUGAAGGCAUUGGGAGCCGAGAUCAUCCGUACGCCUACGAGUGCUGCUUGGGACAGUCCCGAGAGCCACAUUGGUGUAGCAAGACGACUGGAGAAAGAGAUCCCGGGUGGUGUGAUCUUGGAUCAGUAUGGCAAUAUCAACAACCCUCUCGCCCACGAGUUCGGCACUGCGAAAGAGAUCGUGGAUCAGACGGAAAAUGUGCAAGGCAAGCUGGCAGCUGUGAUUGCUGGAGCAGGCACUGGCGGCACAAUCACUGGUAUUGCACGAGGCAUUCGCAAAGCGCACGGUGAUAAAGUCAAGAUUAUUGCAGCAGACCCGCAAGGCUCGAUUCUCGCAUUUCCUCCAGAGCUCAACAAAGAAUCUGACGGAAAGCCUUACAAAGUGGAGGGCAUCGGUUACGACUUCAUUCCAGAAGUUCUGUCUCAGAAGGAAGUCGACCUAUGGUACAAGACUGAUGACCGAGACUCAUUCUACUGGGCGAGACGCUUGAUUCGAGAGGAAGGGCUCCUUGUCGGUGGCAGCUCAGGCUCAGCCAUGAGUGCGGCUGUCAAGGCCAUCAAGGAUCUCAAGCUCACUGCAAAUGACUCUGUCGUGGUCAUUCUGCCAGACAGCAUCCGCAGCUACCUCAGCAAAUUUGUUGACGAUGACUGGCUUGCUGCGAACGGCCUGCUCCCUCCUUCGCCGCCACUCACAGCACCAAACACACCUCCGUCAGAGCCAGCUAGCGCGCCCAAGAAACCGAAGGAAGAGACCGUCGACAUGCCAAUCCUCACCAAGAAGAUAUCCAAGGACGAGUUCGCGAAUGCCAAGAUCCAUGAUUUGCGACUCAAGCCAAUCCAGACGAUUGCCGACGAUGCGACAGUGGACGAUGCUGUUGAACUCAUGCGCGACAAGGGCUAUGACCAGAUUCCCGUCACUUCUGGUUCUGGUGGCCGCCGUCUUGUCGGCAUGGUCACCCUGGGUAAUUGUCUCUCCUACCUCUCUUCUGGCAAAGUCCAGAUCUUGUCGCCGGUCAAGGAUGUCAUGUUCAACUUCAGCAAGAUAGACGAGAUCAAGCCACUGGAGAAGAACCCAUCUGGCGCUGAGGGCGAAGAGAGCAGGCGCGAAUUCUUGGAGAUCACCAUGGACACGCCAUUGCAGGUUCUCGAGAGAUUCUUCGUCUGGAACGCUGCGGCAAUUGUCACGGAGCGUGCCGAGGAUGGAUCAUUGAGGGCGAAGGCUGUUGCGACCAAGGUCGAUCUACUCCUGUGGCUCGUGAGACGUGGCCGGGAGAGCAUGGAGAACGGCUCGAAGUAG